AUGCACCCCUUUUCCAUCCUAACGCUUGGGAUAUUUGUCGCGGGUUACACCACUGCCAGGUGGGAUCUUGUCACUCGUCUUUACGAACUUGCCAUCUUCGCGUGGGAUCACGGCGUUGUGACACGAACUUUGAAGGGAUUCCUUUUCCUGUCGGUCUUUUUCUUCCUCCUUGUCCUGCCCAUCAACCAUUUAGCUACGAGAGAGGGUCAAUUGGUGAGCUCCCCGGACGGACAUGCAGAUGGAUCGAAUAAUCUCAUCCGCGCCACGUUAAUCUCGGCGUCUCCGCCCGGGAACAGCUGCGCCGCAGAGGCUCUUUCUAAAGGGCGAUUAGAGGAUGACAACAUGAUCACGAGUGAUGGUUUGCUGCGAGUAUUUUGGCCAUAUGAUCUCUCGCGAUCUUCAUCGACGGGGGUGAUAGUCGGAUGGCGUAACUCGGAGCUAGAUUUAUUCGUGCUCACGGUCCUGGAAGAUGUUGAGCCACGCAAUGUGGACAAUGCGCUUCGGGCUGGCAUUCUGUUUAGGAACAGCCCGCAUCCUAUUGUUCGCAUAUUUAGUCUUUGUGGUCGGUCUCAGAUGCAUGUCCUCGGUUCGACGAAUCCAGGUACAGAACCAACUUCGUUCAACCCGUCUCAUCUACAUGUGACGACGCACCCACCCUCGAAAAAUCAAAUCCCGCGUAUCUACUGUCCGGCAGAGGCGAACUUGUCGGUUCAGGUUAUCAUGUAUCAUCGUCCUCAUCCGACACGCAUGGAGCAUAUGUCUUUGGAUCCGAUCGCUCUUGCUUUAGGCGAUAAAGUGACGGCUGUUGAAAAUGGUGGACCACUAUCGGGCAAGGUUGAGUCUGGAGAAGAAAGGGAGAAAGCACGGUACCGGGUGCUUGUCGACAAGCUGAAGUUUCAUACCGUGGUGAAACAUGUUCCAUCACAAAAGGAGCAAGCACUUCCGCUGAUAAUCAGCCAAGUGAACUGUGCCUAUGAAAUGAGUGAGUUGAUGCACAAGAACUGCCAUCUUAUUGGAGUGCGUGCAAAGCGCAGCAUGAGUGUCGGAGAACGUGUGGUGGAAUCAGCAACCACCCUCUGGGGGCUGUUUACCCUUUUUAUUGCUCACAUAUUCUGGCAGUGGAUCUGGCCGGUUGUCACUCGAGUCUUUGUCAUAGGUCUCGUCGGACAUCGAUCGGUUGCAGAAGUUGUGUUGCAGGUUCUUGAGUGGCGGGCCCGGCCUGAUGCUGCUGCAAUCAAAGAUAUUUCGGCGACGGCUCAGCAGGUCGAUAUACGACUGCAGCAAUUCUGCUACUGGCCUAUACAGUAUGUCAAGCUGCGUCAGAGAAAGGACAAUUGGGAGAGUGUGACAACGAGCCACCCGGAUUACAUUCGGUUCUAUAAUAGUCUGUGGCUUGUGGCCAAUGAUGUGAUUAUCGGGAUCGCUCUUGGCUCGUACAUCAUCGACAACGCCAACUGGGUGGCAUCUCAAAUCAAUACUGUUCUCACCGGAUGGACUGUAGUGGGCUUGCAACGUACCAUUUCAUGGCUGAUGGAUUGGCCUGCCGGUUUGAAACUCAACAAUGAACUGGCGGCUUUCCUGGGUGACCUAUUCCUAUGGGUCAUCGAGAAUUGGGCCGCAUGCAUUGCCAACCUUCAACCAUACCUCCCCCAUGUCAUCUACAUCGUCGGUUGCUCUAGUUUCGCUGGAGCCAGCAUGCCAAUCGCCCUUUUCUCAGACCUCCUUUCCAUCCUGACCGUCCACAUCUACUCCUUCUACAUCGCUUCUGCCCGGAUUUUCAACUGGCAGCUUACCAUAAUCAUCUCGCUUUUCCACCUCUUCCGUGGUAAGAAGCGAAACGUUUUGCGCAACCGAAUCGAUUCAUGUGAUUACGACCUCGAUCAAUUACUUCUUGGCACUAUCCUCUUCACUGUGCUUUUCUUCCUCCUCCCUACCGUGGUCGUCUUUUACCUGACCUUUGCAUCGGCCCGGAUGUUGAUCAUUUCCAUGAAAGCCGGCUUUGAUACCUGUCUGGCAUUCCUCAAUCAUUUCCCUCUCUUUGCAUUAAUGUUGCGAGUCAAAGACUCAAUGAGACUGCCCGGCGGUAUUCGAUUCGAGCUCCGAGAAGAAGUGGACAAGAAUUCUACGGAUGCUGGUUCCUCCACCAUAUCGUACAUCCACCUAGAGUCCAUUCCGCUCUCUCUCCGCGCCAUGUUCGACCAAUACUUUCAACUUGGCCACCGACUUCGCAAACACUACCUGGCACCCAGUGUCAUCUUCUGUCUCGUCACUGGCCGCUUCGUGCCACCCAUUCACCGCCGCAAUUUGUACAGCAUGCAGUAUAGUAUGUUGCCCGCGCGUCGAGCGGGCAUGGCUGAAGUCUGGUCACUGCUCACUCAGCCUAGAAAAGGUGGGGGUGGUAGCGGUGGCUCGGGAUCAAUGGCAGGUAGUAUGGGUACUUUGGGUCAUCAAAUACCCAAAGUGCCUUCAAAUUUUGGACAAAAUGAUGCUCGGAGACGGGGCCAUCGGUAA